UAAUAAGAGUGGGGAGAAGAGAAAGCAGAGGGCCUAUUGGUGUGCUUGGUUGGACCCUUUGAUUAGAGGGUCUGGUUUGUGAUGCUAAGAGACAGUGUCAGAUGUCACACAAAUACACCGGCUGACGGGGACAUGGCGUGUAUUGUUAUUACCCAUCGGGCCUUAUUGAUGAUUUGUCCAGCGCAACCUACUUGGAGUAAAAAGAUGUAUGACUAAGGAAUUUCAGGAGGAACUCAGUGGUGUCUUAGAUUCUUUUUAAUUCCUUGUUGUCCUUGGAAAUUCAAGAAAUAUUUGAUUUAUUCAUCAGCUUAAUGCUUCAGUAAUUCAGCCAAAAGUAAUGUCAUUACAUGCCAAACAGCAACAAGAAUAUGAUUCAAUUGAUUAAAUCGUGCAAUUUAAAGCAAACUCAAUUAGAGUAAGCUAUUUCAUCUGAAUUAUAUGCAUUAGCUACACUCAUUACGGACACUGUCCCUGCGCCCAGGGGCCUGGGAAAAAGCUCGGCAAGUCGUCCAGAUCCCCUCAUUACAAUGCCCCAAGAGGAAACAUGCAAAAUGAAAGAUUAUGUUUAGUAUUCAAGAUUAAAGCUCCACUUUAAAACGUUGGUGUGGCGGACACUGGGUCAUGGAAAGAAAACUGAGAUCUGCAUUUUUUUUUUUUUUUUUUUUAACGCCUGAGAGGAUUGUUAGAGGCAGGAGGAGGUCGUAGGAACAGGUUAAAGCGGGAGGUGUAGCUUAAACUGAAUGUUUCUAAAUAGGAAAUUAAGAUUAAUGAUUAAAAUUAACAUCUUAUGAGACUGUUUAAUCAGGCACAUCGGAAUAUGUUUCCAAAACAUGAUGCAUGAAAUCAUUAUUGCCCCCAGUGAUGCAGCAAAAACUGAUGUGUCUGUGAGCCAGAUGCUUCACACUUACCAUAAUAAUGUACUCCAGACAAAAAAGAUAGAUUUCUAAAGUUCCAGUGUUCUUCUGUGUAUUUAUCAUUUAAAAUUUGUAGUCUCACUGAAAUAACAGUUGACUUAUUUAUUCGUUUGUUUAAAUAUGCCACUUGCAAAUAAGUUGGUCUGUUCAUUCAUAGAGCAGUUGUAAGAAAAUCAAUACCAGGCCUUACAACAUCCGGCUGACAGACAGCACAAGCACUCGGUGAUUUGAGAUUCGUUGUUUCUGCACUGUUGAACUGAGCCUCUCCUGUGAAUGUAUUGAUAGAGUUGGCAUGUCAAAUCUUUUCUUUUGUGAAUCUGAAACGUUGACAGUCCUACGUUAACACAGAGUAUCCCUGCAACAUUCUCUCUUAUGUGAAUUGAAAUUAGAUGCUGUUCACCAAACCACUUAAAACAUAUAACUCCAAAAUAUUUAGCAGAGGGAUCUCUCUGCUGAAUAUUACAUUCCUGAAUGAGUUUACAACAAAGACUCGCCUUUAAACUGUUCAUUUUGCGGGAGAGGUCUGACUUUGAUGCAAAUCAGAGGAUAACAGUGGGAUGAUGAAACUGAAUAUUUAUGGUCUUUUUCAGACCCAGAGAUGUCCCAGAGUACUUCUGAGCCUUUUUAACAGCAGAUGAAAUUGCACUUGAAAGUUGUAGAAUGCAUCAGUUGUCUGCAGAAACUGUGUCUGAAUUGUCUUGGCCCUUGGCUGCAGGGCUGUGAGCAGCUACCAUGACGUAUCCCAACACCAGCUUACUGACAGCCAACUUCAGCGGAGCUUCUGACGACCAUGACUCCGGGGGAAACAUCUACCGACCCUUUUCUGUUUUCAGCGUGCUUACUCUUACGUUACUGGCAAUGCUGGUUGUGGCCACCUUCGUAUGGAACUUGCUGGUGCUGGUGACCAUCCUGAGGGUGAGGACAUUCCACCGUGUGCCCCACAACCUCGUGGCUUCCAUGGCCAUCUCUGAUGUGAUGGUGGCCGCUCUGGUCAUGCCCCUUAGUCUUGUCCACGAGCUGAACGGCAGGCUGUGGAAACUGGGCCGUGUGCUGUGCCAGGUGUGGAUCUCAUUUGAUGUGCUCUGCUGCACAGCCAGCAUCUGGAAUGUGACGGCCAUCGCGCUGGACCGCUACUGGUCCAUCACCAGGCAUCUCCAGUACACGCUCAAGACACGUAAAAAGAUCUCCAAUGUGAUGAUCGCUCUCACUUGGCUGCUGUCGUCCAUCAUUUCCCUGUCGCCUCUCUUUGGCUGGGGGGAGACUUACUCGGAGGGGAUGAAGUGUCAGGUGAGCCAGGAGCCGUCCUACACGAUCUUCUCCACCUUUGGAGCCUUUUAUCUGCCGCUUUGUGUGGUACUGUUUGUUUAUUGGAAGAUCUACAAGGCUGCCAAGUUUCGGAUUGGCUCCCGCAAGACCAACACAAUAACACCCAUGGCUGAGGUAAAGGAGGAAACACAGCAGCCACAGAUGGUGUUUACUGUGCGCCAUGCCACUGUGACCUUUCAGACAGACGGGGACACGUGGCGCGAGCAGAAGGAGAAAAAAGCAGCGCUGAUGGUAGGCAUUUUGAUCGGCGUAUUUGUACUUUGCUGGAUUCCCUUCUUCAUCACUGAACUCAUCGUCCCGCUGUGCUCCUGUGACAUCCCGCCCAUCUGGAAGAGCAUCUUCCUGUGGCUUGGAUACUCCAACUCCUUCUUUAACCCGCUCAUAUACACCGCCUUUAAUAAGAACUACAACAAUGCCCUGAGGAGCCUCUUCUCCCGACAGCGCUGAGCCACUCUGCACGCUCAGCAGACACACCACCAGCAUUCACUCCACCGUGUUAACUCCUCCAGACAGGGACGGACUAACCUGUCUGUAUCCGUCACUCCAUCAUCUUUCAGAUGGAUAACAACCAGCAACUGUGUCUGAAAAACUGUGUCUUUAAAAAUGUGUUACUUUUAUUUAACGUUUACAGCAUUUUAUGUUUUCAUGUUUUGUCCGUUGCCAUGAUGAGGUAACCUCACAGCUGGACCGAAAUGGGUGUCUGUGCUCCUUCAUCUACAAAGAGGAAUGAAUCUGUUGUGUUGUGGCAGUGCUGUCUUCACGUUGGUUUCUUUCAGCGGUUCCAGGCUUAUUAGGGAGAAAGGCAUGUUGACUCCCUCAUAAACAGUUUCAUCAUCAUAUGUGCGGCUGCUGGGAAUAAUUUCAAAGUAGAGCUGCAAGAAAUGAACCAGAAAGUCUUUUAGAACUGAACGAAAUGAACUUCAUAAAUAAUAAACCGACCUUCUUUCUUAAACUUGACAACAAAAAUGUUCAUUUUUGCAGAUAAUGUUUCAAGUUAAAAAAUCUGUGUGGCUAUAAAAGGGGACCGUAUAGGACCUGAAACUGCCUGACAGUGAAGCGAUAACCUCCACCUUAUAGACGGGUGCACAUGAACUCCAUGGCUUGACAUGGAAUUAACACGUACUUGUAGUUCAACGUAAAGUCUUUCCUCUGAUGCUGGUCAGCUUUACAACAAUUCUGCUUACACCUACACACUCUCAUGCCUUUUUAUCAAAGCAGGCAAAUAGCAGAACACAUUUUAUUAUUCCCAUCACCUGUGAAUAAAUGCAUUGUUGAUAAACUGCAGCCACGAAUGAUCACAUCUCACAGCAGGAAGUGUGGAAGCAGGAUCUUGACAGCUUCUGCGGCUGGAGAAGUCAGUGGAAAUGAAAUCGGAUUGAAUAUUUAAAACAAAAAAAAAACAGGGACAUGUGAUGCUGUUGGGGGUGAAGUAUGAGUUGUUACGUUACGCCACAGUAGUGAGUUUAUGGCAGUAAAAGACACACACAAGCAUCAGUCUAAGUUUUUUUCUAAGUGUUGGUCUUCGUAUGUUGUAUCCCUUGUUUCCUGCACACGUUGCCACUUUCUGCUCAUUAGCGUUUAUCACUGUAGAAUCAGUAAGUGAACCUUUAUUUUGUCAUGUAACAAGCUGUAAUGUGAGGAAUCAAGCAUGAGAAAGUGAUCCUCAGCAAAUAGUCGUGCGACGUGUAAGUGACCAACCUCAAAGUUUUUUGCACAAUAUGUCAUUAAAUAUUAAUUUCUCUGAGGUUUUUCUCAGAUUGGAGGAGACUGAGUGCGUUUGUUCAAUCUAUCUAAAGUUGCUGUCCUGUGAAAAGCAUUUAUCUCCUUAUCUGAUUUUGAAUUCUUCAGCCAAACAGGAGGAUUAAGUGUAAAGCAGCCCAUGGCAUUUCAAUUUUAAUAAUAAAAAUACGUCCAAGGAUUGAUAAAUCUCUCUGUAAGCAAGAAUCAAGUACAGAUUUGCUUCAUACUAGUCUCAUCCUGCAGUUCCUCUCUAGUUUUCCAGUCUUUUGUUAUGAUUACUUGUAAGUAUUUCAGUAUUUAAGUGUAGGCCAGAUGCGUUAGAGAACCUCUCAGUCUUGUUGAUUACCGGAGGGAUCCGUCCUGACCUUUUCAGGAAGAUCAUCUCCCAGCUGAGUCGAUGUCUGGGCUAUUUUUUAUAAAAAUACCCAACAAUUCUUCUGCUAAAGCAACUAACAAAGGGGAGCAAGAACAAUCCUGCCUGAUUCCUUGUUUAUGCUGUAAUGUUUUGCAUGUUCCCUGAGGGAGAGAAACUGAAUUAUUAAUGUUGUAGAACAUCAUGUUAAGUACCUUAAUAAAUGUUGAACCAGAAACAAAUCUUUUGAAAUUUUCAAUAUUUUUUGUUCAGUUGAAUCAAAAGGUUUGCCUGUACCCACUUUGGGCCUAUUUCAACCGAUAAGUAGUUUGUUAUUGGUUAUUAGUUUCAGGUUGUCACUACCUUUAAUCCUCAGGAGGUUUAGGGAAUACCCCUGUUUCAUGGUCAACAUUAAAUUGUUUUCAGUGAGCUCCUUUUUGGCAUUAAAUAACAUUUUCUUUAUGUCUUUCCCGAAAAAAAAUGUAAAAGUUUGAGGUUAAACCAUCUUGACCAGGAGCUGACAUCUGCUUUAAAUCGAUUUGAAGAAUAUAUGGUUGAGUACCUUCAUGACAUAAUGAAUCCCACAUGAAUAGCAUGAAGAGUACAAUUUAAAACAGAAUCAAUAAAUUUCUUCAGAAAUUGCUUUUGUGUCAUGAAGAUUCUCUUUCUUGUCUCCUUUUUUCCAAGAC